CAGGGAUGCCCCUUCUGGGUUGACGUAUGCAUAUUUAUCAAAUGAGUGUGCACCUGAAUUGAGUCCUGGCCUCCAUUUGUCUUCCAUUCCAUCAUCAGUCACGAGCAACACUGAUAACCUUUCAGUAGAAAGAAAAACAUUUGCCUCAAGUUUUACUCUCUCAGAAAAUAUAUCUAGAGGAAAGGCUGGUAACUCUACAUCAUCUGUUAAACAUGGAUUCAGUUCUCAAAUGUUAACUUCAAAGAAGAAAGACAAUGUGAAGGAUUUCUCUCAUUUUACUUUUCUUCCUGAGGAAUAUGACAUAGUCUUGUGUGUUGAUAAUGCUGAGACAACUGGUGGAUCUACUGGAGGAAAGCGAAGCACUAAGGACAUUAUUAUUAAUGAACUGAACCGACAUGGGAUUAAGUACAGUGUGAGAAAACUACAUGUUGGUGACUUUGUCUGGGUGUGUCAAGAGCGACACUCACCAACUUCUGCUCACAGCACCAUGACUGAGCAACCACGAGAACUGGUGUUGCCUUACAUCAUUGAGCGCAAAAGAAUGGACGAUCUGGCCUCGAGCAUCAAAGAUGGAAGAUUCCAUGAGCAGAAGUUUCGCCUCAAGAGGUGUGGCCUCUCAAAGCCUCUGUAUCUUGUGGAGGAAUAUGGCAGUCAGAAUCUCAGCCUGCCUGAGGCUACAUGCCUUCAGGCGGUCGUCUACACACAGAUCGUUGAUGGUUUUACAGUGAAGGUCACCAAGGGUAAAGCAGUGAGUAGCAUUCUUCACAAGGAUGUUGAGAGUCAGAGAGAAGAGAUGCUGAACCAUGGCACUACUGAGACAUCAUUAAUGACUUUUAUGCAGUUUAAUGCAGCAUCUGUAAAAAACCAUCAACUAACAGUUAGAGAGAUGUUUGCUAAACACCUGCUGCAGAUACACGGUCUUAGUGUCGAUAAAGUCCUGCCGAUUGUUGAUCAGGUAAUGUGAUGCAUGAUUUGUUAUUAAACUGAAGAAAAAAGGUACAUAGUAUGACCUUUUAAAUGAAAACAAA